GUCAUGGGCAUUGAAAAUUAAUUCCAUUGUUAAAUGAUACAAAAACCUCCCAACUCCCAAAAGGAAAAAUAACACCUUCCCCUCCCAUUAUAUACCCCACUACCAAAGGAAAAUUUCUUGUCUUCUCAUAUAUAAAUAUUUUCAGGCUGAUCGAUUGGGAGAAUAGUGAUUCAUAUAUAUAGUUGAUCGGAUCGACCAACUUGUUUGGAACAGAAGCGUAUCUAUUAUUGUUGCGUUGCCAAAUUAGGGUAUGUUUGACUCCAUCUUCAGCAAGUGAUCCAUCGAUCGUCUAUACAAGCUUUAAUAUUUGGAGACUAAGCACAGCUGCUGAUCGAUGGGUUGUUUCUGAUCAAUUGCGUUGAAGACAAACCUCUUUGCAUUACUAAUUGAGUAAGACAAGACGUAUAAAUAGUCAUGGCGGAAAAUAAUUCAGUGGAAUAUAUUAUGGAAAAAGCAUCUUCUUCAUCCAUUGAUCUAAAUGAAGACAACAAAGGGGAACUCGAAGAGGAAGAAGAAGUGAUUGAGGUGGAAGAUAGUAGUGAGAAGGAAAUUGAAGGAAAUUAUAAUACUAGUAGUGAUGUUGAAAAGAAAAACGUAAGGCAAUAUGUUCGAUCAAAAUUUCCAAGGCUACGUUGGACUCCAGACCUCCAUCGCUCUUUUGUUCAUGCCAUUGAAAGACUUGGUGGUCAAGAAAGAGCCACACCUAAGUUGGUUCUCCAAAUGAUGAAUGUGAGAGGUCUAAGUAUUGCUCAUGUAAAAAGUCAUCUACAGAUGUAUCGAAGCAAGAAACUUGAUGAAUCUGGACAAGUGUUAGGGCGUGGUAAUAAUAGGUCAAUGCAAGGAAGAAGCUAUUUCUUUAGAAACCACUUAGGUGGUCAAAGAUAUAACCCUAUACAAGAUUUCAAGAUGAAGAAUGGUGCCAUUGUGUUGGCAAGGAAUUUUAACUAUGAUAACCAUGCACUUAAAUCCCAUUCCUUUUCAAGACCCUCAUAUCAGGCCAAAAACAUAUUUUCCAGGUACUUGCCGUGGUCUUCCGACAAUCAAGGAAGUUUACUUAAUAGCAAGUUUCAAAAAGGGGAAGAUUUGUUGAGAAUGAAGAGCUGGCAAACACCAAGACAAGUAGUAAUUGAACAAAAUGGAAUUAUGCCAAUUAGGUCAACCCAAUUUCUUGAACAGAAGAAGUUCAUCCCCAAUCAGUGGGAGGAGAAAACAGCUAAAAACUCCCAUUUUUUGCUUCAAGAAAAUUUGGGACAACCAUAUUCCAAGUGGAACUGCAGAAACAAUGCCCUUGAUCAAAAUCUUGUGACACCUUGCAGGAUUAAGAUGAAAGAAGACAAGAGUGGUUUUGAGGAAAAAGAAUGGUUACCUGAUUUGCAACUAAGAUUAAGCAGAAGCACAGAUGACAAGAUUAAUGAGAAGAGGAUGGAUCAGUCAGAUAUAAACACAAUGCUUUCUCUUUAGUUAAUAAAUUAGCUAGAGUUCUUAAACAUACAAAAGUUUUAUUAUUAAUUAGGUUGUUAAUUAUUGUUCAUGAGUGAUAGCAGCCUAGGUAGGAGGGUGAGUACUUGAGAUCUGACCAAGCAAUUAACAUUAAUUAAUUGGAGUCAGAUCUCCUAAGUACUUGCUUUAUAGGCCGCAUUCAAUUACCAUACACUUUGAGUUGACACUUAUAUCUCUCUCAUUCUUAGUUUUUCUUUGUUUUACAAAACAAUAUAAUAUUUACGAUGGAUUAACUAUCUUGCUACAUGUAUUUAAUAUUAGUGGGAUAUUCUCUUUUCUUCAGA